AUGGGGAUGACGUGGUGGGGUGGGGUGGGUGGGUGGAUACGCAAGGUUUAUUCGUGCUCCAGCCUCCGCCCUCCACCAACUCACGAAACACCCUACGUCUGCGACAGGCCGGCACCCCACCGACCAUCAUCACCAGCGCCACCCUCCAUCUCAGAUAUGGGAAAGAAGCACAAAAAGGACAUGGUGGAUCUUUCAAUGGAGGAAGACAACAACCUGCAACCCCAAACAACCCCUGAACAAUCUUCAAAUAAGAAGCAUAAAAACAAGAAAAUCCACAAGAGAGAUGAGACAAUUGAGGUCAAAAUUGAGACCAUCAAUGGAAGCUCUGACAAAUCUUUACCUUUAAUUGGAUACUUCCCAUCUGGAUAUGACCCAGAAAAGCGCCAAAGAACAGAAAAACCUAAAAUUAGGGUUUUAAAAAACGUGAAACGUAGCAAUAGGUUACAACUUGUUGUAAGCCCUAAUCAAUCUUCUCAGAUGAAUUUCAUUGGCACCAAUUAUUCUGGUGAAGGAGCAGUUCCUCAGGUAUGUUCUUAUGCUCUUGGGGUUCUUGAUAAACAGACUCAGACACUCAAGAUUGUUCAGAUUGAAGCCAACAAGAUCUUUAGAUUGGAACCAAAGUUUGAGAAUCAAGAAAAUCCGGUAGAUGAAACUGUUAAAGAAGAUGAAAAUAAAGUUACAGCAGAAGAUACCGAAGCAAAAUACAACUUUUCAACUAAGAAAUCUGAACGAGCGGCUAAGAAAGAGCGGGCCCUACGUGCAAACCGUGACCCUGAGGCCCAAGAAGAUCUUAAUAACAAAAUGGCUGAAGCUAAAGUUAACAAGGAAGCUUUAGAAGUUGGUGCAACAGUUACUAGUGCGCGUAAUAUUCCACCCCAUGACAUGUCAGCAACGACACCUCAGCAAGCUUAUCCUCUACAAAAGAUUAUAUUCAAGGGAGAGUGGAGAUAUCUUCUAGACAUUAUGGAGCUUCUACAACAAGGGGUGGAUAUAACAACACAAGGGUUCCCUGUUUUUAUUUGCAACAGAAUUCAUAAGAUUGAGGAGGUCAAGGAUGAGGAGGCGAAGGAGAGUUUGGCAUGCAUAUUUUCGUAUAUCAAUCAUCUUAUAAAGUUUAAAGAUAAGCAUUCAAUGGAUGGUUUUUCUUCUGCAAAGGAUCAUAAGCUGCCAAAUAUAUUGAGUCAGAAGUUCAAUGAUAUGUUUGCCAAUCAAGAAUCAAAAAGGCUGGCUGAUGACAAAAGAGAUCUGUUAAUUAGCUAUGUUCUUGUGCUUACUCUGUUUGCUGAUAAUUUCAAAACCGAAUUUUCAGACAUAGCUAAAGAUUUGAGAAUGUCAACUGGUGAUUUGAGGCGUCAUUUUGAGUUUUUGGGAUGUAAGUUUGUAAGGGAGAAUAGUAUAAUGUUGGCUACUCUUCCUGCUCCUCUUAAGUUCCCAGAAGUCAGGAUGAGGCGCCGAAGAUGAAAAACUGCAUCAAAUAACAACCUACUUUGUCCUAUUUAUUUUGUUUAUUGUAUGCUUAUGGAUUUUGUUUGAAAAACUCUUGUAAUCUGAAACUGAAAAUUUAGAAGUUUGCAUGAAAAUUUUGAUUUAUUGAAUGC